CGGGGGGCUGCUGGGCCUAACGUCUCUCUUCCAAUCUAACGGCUCUAUUUUGAUUUUUCCCCCCUUUCGAAACUCUCACCCACCCACCACCAUCAGAUUUCAGAUCCCCGUUCCAUUCUCCCUCCCUCUCUCUCUCUCCUUCCCAAUUUGAAUUCUCCUCUCUGUAUCUCUCUCUCUCCCACAAUAAAUCCCAACAAAUCAUUACUUUACCUUUCCCCAAAAAUGUCGUCUUCUUUUCCUUGACCCUUCCCUCUGUCUCUCCAAACUCUCCCCCUCUUUCUUAUCCAUCUACCUACCAGUAAACAAUUUCCCGUCUCUUCUUCAAUUCCUUCGUCGUCGGGAAAAAUGGGGGCUUGUUGUAGCAAGAAAACCGUCUCUACUUCAGUGAACAAUGCGGCAUCAUCAUCAUCUUCUAAUUCGGCUCCGGCUCCAAAUCCGAUAGCGAAGGCCGGAGAGCAGAAGCAGUCCAUCAAGGUCGUUAAAAACGAAGUCUCACCGGCGGCGGAGGACGACGGCUCGAAGAAGAAGGAGAUAUUCGUGAUUAAGCACAGGAACAGCCACGACAGCGGCAACAAUAACAAACCGCGCUCUUCCUCCUCCCCGGAAAUUUCGGGAUCCGAUAACGGCGCCGUUAGCAUCGAGAACGGGAAAGUCGACGGCGUGAGUGGUCUCACCGCUGCUGCGGCGGUGAGGACCUCUAGCUGCAGUAAGGAGGAAGUGGAGGCCAUUCUCAUCCAGUGCGGGAGGCUGAGCCGGAACAACUCCUUCGGCACCGCCGGGAAGUCUUCUCCGGCGAAGAGGAAGUACAGCGGGUCUAAGAGGAGCUUCGACUUCGACGAGCAGAACGACAGGGAUCUCGGUCAGGAGGAAGACGGCGGCGGCGGCGGCGGGGAUGAGAGGAGAGACAGCAGAAGGCAGCACCGCCACCGCCAAUCCAGCCGGAACUCCUCGCCGGCUUCUCAGGCGAGGAGGAGGACGCCCAGUAGGGAGAGGGACCAGCGCUCCGGGAGCAGAGAGCGAGGCCCUGGCGGCAGCGGGAGUGGACGGCGGGUUAGUAGAUCUCCCGGGAGAAGAUCUGAGAACAACGCCGCCGCCGCCACCGCGGCGGCGAACGCUGGCAAUUCCAUUGCUAACAACAACAACAACAACAAUAACAAUGGCAAUGGGAAUAAGCCGCCUGGGAAAAUGGUCUCCGUCCCGCCUACAGUUUCCUCUGCUCCUUCUUCCAAUAAAUCCAAUUCCAAUAACAACAACAAUGGCGUCGAAGCUGCUCAGGCAGCAAACAGCAGCGGAAUCAAACGGAUUUCUGUGAAGAGGAACGCUGGUGGGGAAGCUCCUUCUGCUGCUGCUGUGGGUUCCAGGAGUGUGGCGUCUCCCCGUUCCAAGUCUCCUCGUUCGAAGUCCCCUGGAAGAGCCAGGAGCGACUGCAAUCAACAGCAGCCAUCGCUGAGCAGGAACUCCUCGAGGAAAGCUGAACAAUCUCCUCACAGGAGGAACCCACUUGCUGAAAUUGACCCGAGCUCUCUAGCGUACCCGCAAGCCAGCGGGGCCAAGGCCAGCAGCAAUUGGGCACAGAAUGAUGGCAGGGAACCGAUUCAGAAGCAAAACCCUCUGCCUGCUGCUGAAAGCCUGAAGCAGCCGCUGACGAGGAGCAGGUCAUCAAGGAGAUCCCGAGAUCUGGAUAUAAAUACUGAAGCUUUACUCAAUCCACAGCAAACGUCCUACACUUCAUUGUUGCUGGAAGACAUCCACAACUUCCAUAACAAGAGCAGUAACACUAACAUAAUCAGCAACAACAGCAACAACAUUCCUCCAUCGAUGUCGUCGUCAUUCCAGCUACCGGCUUGUGUCACAAAAGCGUGCUCGAUCCUUGACGCAGUGGCUGACCUCAACUCUACCACAAGCUCCAACUUGUCAUCCACAUUGUCUGAAGAUCAUCACCGUAAGCAGCAGCAGCUGUCCAAGGCGAAAGACCCUUUUGUGGUGGAAUCCGAGGUGGUGACAAUCGAUGAUCUCAUGGAACCGAGCUUCCACAAGUAUGUGACUGUGAGAAGGGGAGGUGGGUUGUCAUGUGGUAGGGAAGAAGAAAUGGAAAUGCAAGAAGAAUCUUCAGGGAGCAACAGCAUUGUUGCCGGUGGUGGUGGUGGUUGGGGGAAUUCGUCGUAUAACUCCGGGUGGGAGCCUAGUUCAGCUGAUUCGACGGAUCGAUGGAGCUCGAGGGACAACAACAACACCGUUAAGGAGAGGGAGGUGGAGGAGGAGAAGAAUGCUGUUGCUGCCCCUUUGGGACUUGGAAUCGGGCAGAGGGUUCACGGUUUGGGUGAGAAGAGAUCAUCAUCAGGAGGAGGCAGGGAAAUGAUGGGAGGAAUUGAAGAGGCGGCCAGGAUGGCGUUUAGUGGGCAGAGGAAUGGAGGGAUUGGGCGGGGAAGGCUUGCUGCUAGUGGCAAUAGAAGUCAUCAUCUCCUUGCAACAACUAGUAAUGUUGCUGCUGCUGCUGCUUCCACGUAGUAGAGCAUGGCGCGUUUUUCAUUCUUUUGGUGUAAUUUGGUCAUGUAUUUUUUCUCUCUACUCCACGCACUUGUGGUCUGUUGUUGUUCUUCAUCUUCUUAGAACUUGAGGACGUAGUUAAGAAGAGAUUUGGUUUAGUUGGCUGUUGUUGCAAGCUCGCAACUUCGCCAUUUCCGUUGUUCAAUCCUAGCUGACCUUUUCGUAUCCUUAACAUUCCAACUUCCUGUAGUUUAUAUUCUGUAAACGCUCUUGCUUCAGAGAUCACUCUUUUGAACCAUCACAAACUUGCAGUAGCCUUGUAUUCUACUAUUGUACUACUAAGCUUCACCAUGAACAAGCUUGGAUGAUCGUUAUGAACAAUCUUCUGGCAGCAGUUGAAGCAACUAUUCUGCU